CCUGCCCCCCGACGCCUGCUCCGCGCCCAGCCCAGCUCACCCCGGGCCGUGCCUUUUCGGGCUCGGCGGCGCGGAGCGGCGGGGAUGGGCGCGGGGCUGUGAGGGCGGCGUGGAGCCGUGGCCAUGGGGAACAUCUCCUCCAACAUCUCCGCCUUCCAGUCCUUGCACAUCGUCAUGCUGGGCCUGGACUCGGCGGGGAAGACCACGGUGCUUUACCGGUUGAAGUUCAACGAGUUCGUCAACACUGUGCCCACCAUUGGGUUUAACACGGAGAAGAUCCGGCUGAGCAACGGGACUGCCAAGGGCAUCAGCUGCCACUUCUGGGAUGUGGGUGGUCAGGAGAAGCUGCGCCCGCUCUGGAAGUCCUACAGCCGCUGCACGGACGGCAUCAUAUACGUGGUGGACUCAGUGGACGUGGACCGGCUGGAGGAAGCCAAAACAGAGCUGCACAAGGUGACCAAGUUCGCCGAGAACCAGGGCACCCCGCUGCUGGUCAUCGCCAACAAGCAGGACCUGCCCAAGUCCCUGCCGGUGGCUGAGAUCGAGAAACAGCUGGCCCUCCAUGAGCUGACCCCUUCCACCACCUACCACAUCCAGCCUGCCUGCGCCAUCAUUGGUGAGGGGCUCACGGAGGGCAUGGACAAGCUCUACGAGAUGAUCCUGAAGCGGAGGAAGUCCCUCAAGCAGAAGAAGAAGCGGUAGAAGCCCCGCAGAGGCGGGGAGGGAUGGGGGAGCAGACAAAGGAACCGAGGGGGAGAGAGAACCAAAGCGAUUCUUUUUGUUUUAAUUGUAUUUUCCCCCUCCUUUUAUUUUUUCCCCUUCCUUUUUGAUUUCCCUGCUUUCCAAAUGAACAGACAAUAGGGGUAAUAACAAAGCCUCUCCUGCCAGCCGAGCCCAGAUCGCGGCUGCGGGUGAGAGUCGGCAUCUCCCUUCUCCUACUGCCCCUUUACGUGGACCACCGAGGGUCGGAUCCGGACCUCCCGGGCCGGGCUGGAGCCGUCCGAAGGCGCGAGACCCCCUCCGUCCUUGGGAACCACCGAGCUUUUGUGUGCCGGGGGCGAACAGGGCAGGACCCUGUUGAAGUGCAUUGGCGAGAAGCCCGGCGUGCUUCUGGAUCUUUAUCGUGUGCAUUUUGGGGUGGGGGGGGGAUGGAUGCUAUGGGGAGGGAGGGAUGGCAGCGCUCGGGUGAAGGUCAGCGGUGAGAGGGCUUCCAUCUGCACCCCGAUACCUGCCCGCAUCACUCCCCGCCCGCCACGUUUGUCUGUGGCAAGGGGUGGGCUGGACCAGCAUAAAGUGUGUGUUGGGGAUGGGGGGAUAUGGGUGAGGCGACCACCCCUCCUGCGGAUGUUUUAGGGUGUAGAGCAAGGACGGGCAGCCUCCAGCCCAGGGAGGGGUUGAGGCUGCGGUGCCGGGGGUGCUCAGCAGCUGCAGAGUGGUGCUGAGUUUUAAGCUGUUUGAUAAAAAAAAAAAAGAAAAAGAAAAAAAGAAGACAUGGGUUUUGGGUGAGCGCUGCUGGAAGUGUGUGUGCGGAUUGUCUGGGAGUCCCCCUUUGGAAAGGCUUCAUUGUGUCAUCUGCUGAAGCAAAGCCCCGAGCAGGUCUUUAUCGAGCCCAGGCAGAUGCAGGCUCAUGCUCCAAGGUGCUGUUCUGCUUCAGCUGAGGUGAGCCAAACUAGGCGUUAUUAAAAACAAAUACAAAAACACCUGCAAGCAAAACCAACAAAAAACCUCCGAGCUUGUUGGCCUUGGUCACGGUGCUGGGCAGCGGUCGGCGCAGGAGGGCAGGGCAGCGCUUGCUAAGCACGGGGCUCAUGGCAGGGCAGAAUGAAUGGAUGGACGGAUGGUUACUGGCACUGCCCUCUGGGGUGGCUGGAGCUUGCAAGAUCUCUGCUGGCAAGGGACUCAGCAGCGCCGGGGCACUGGCAGGGGUGGGGCGGGGGCGUGCGGUAACAUAUGGGGGUGUUAGUUUUUUAUAGAGGUUUAAACCCGAUGGAAGCAGAGAAGCCCUUGCCACCGGCAGUAGCCGAGCAGAGCCGCACCUGGGGCAGGGGCAGGCCUCGCUCACGCUCCUUCUGCAGAUGUCCGUUUUGGUACCUGGAUGAGACCGGGAACCAAAAGCCAUUUGCUGCCUGGUUUGGCCCGGGACCCAGCUCUAUGGAGGAGAAACCAUGGCUCCCAACUUUCCAUGAAGCCCACAGGCAGCCUUCAGGGGCCAAAUACCCUGAGUUUUGAGCCACGCAGCCCGGCAGGAUUUUCUGGUGAUUUUACACCAGCCUUCCCAUUUGAAAGCUUCUUCCCAGAGCAGCCAAGGAGAAACCAGCAAGCGGACAAAAGAAAAAUGCCCUUCAUGUUUCAGGGAGUUGAUUCUCCUCUUGCAGUGAUGAGUGCAGCACCUUCCAAAUAGUGUGCAGGGUUUUGGGGUUUUUUUUGGUUAGGAAACAAAUGUUGCACCCAACUAGUGUUUCUCUUGAGGGAUUUGAGUUCCCAAAGCGAGUCCCGACUUGUACGCUAAGUGGGCUGGUCCCAUCAGUUCAGGUGGCUCUGUUCCCGCUUCCUUGGGUUUCCUUUGCUUUGUCUUCACCUCCAACACUUUGGUAGUUGCUGUCGAGAGAGAAGGAAAAAAAAAAAUCUUUGUGAUGCCACAGAAGCUACAUGCGUUAACCCUUUUUGGGAGAGCAGCCCAUUUUAGAGGCAAAAUGUAAAGCUACAUUUUCCCCACCAGCUCAAAACCAGGUUUUUUUUAAUGACAUGUGCAGACUAUGAGCUGUGGGGUUUGCCUCCUUGCUGACAAGACACAAGUCUUGGUUUGGGAGAUGCUGGCAUGGAAAGCUUGGUGGCAUGCAUUUAUGGAGCUCCGUCCUUCUCAGGGGAUUGUUGCACUCAGCUGAGCAUCCCCCUGGAGAAGUGGCUGGCUUUUGGCAGAGCGCUUCGGCUUGUGCUGCGCUGGCAGCCCGUGCUUGAAGGUUCAGCUGAGCCAAGGUGGGACAACGCUGCGGUGGUGCCAUUCCCACCAACUCUGCUUUCUGCAAUAAUUAAAAAGACUUUUCCAAUUAGUAGCCGAUGACUUCUGUGGUAUUUCUGUCACGUUUCCCAACCAUAUGCUGAUUUCUCCUGUGUGAAGAUGUGCACUGUCUAUGAUGGGCUAGAAGAAGAGGUGGCUCAGCCAAGUGGUGGUUAAGGGAAAUUGCCUGAAAACGAGCUGGGCUUUUUUGCAAGGUUGUGCAUCUUUGAAUAUGUUUGAAUGACUUUUAGGGUUGUUUUUUUUUUUAAGCAGCUGUCACAAGGUACUGAUCUCAUUUCCCCAGGUACCUUUGCAGUGUUCCCAUCAGUGUUGGAUAUCCUGCUGCCCGUGACCUUACCCUUGCCAUUGUCCAUCGGUCUGUUCCUCCUGUCUUUUCUUCUUUUUUUAAAAGAUGCAGACAUAAUGCUGUGAACUGAAAUAAAUUAUUUAUACAAUGAAA